UAGCAGCCGUAGCAUCCCCACCUGUUUGAGACAAAGCCUCUCUAUCACCGCUGCUGUGAUUAAACCAACAGUCCUUCUGCUUCGCUGAACCCCUCCAUUCCUUCCUGUUCGCUCUCAUUGAUCAAAUGAGUCCAGUUUGUUCCUCCCCAGGUCAGAGAUCUAGACCCCACAGGACAAAGGCCGCUCUGUGGAUCCCCCUGUGGGAUCCCAUCUGUUUAGAAAAAAACAAACCCUGACAUACCUGUGCAAGAACCGGACCUGGAUAAGCUUCUGCUCAGGUGUCACCUGAUAGCCAGUAAGAGCUGAUCUUAAGAGGGCUGAAGGUUCUCCUCCUCGUUUUGAGUGGUAAACAGCUGAAGGAGCUGAAGAUUCAUUCUGCUGGGAAAUAAAACCACACAGAGACGUUCUGACCCCCUUUAACGACUCCAGAGGCACAACUGGAGUGUAUCUGGUUAAAUGGUGUAGAGUGUUGCUCAACUUCAGCUUCUACAGCCAAUAAAGAAAAACUGAGUGUGACUGCAGGAACUCAUCAUGUUUCUGCUGUGGAUCUCCAUGCUGGUAGCUGCUUUCAGCGGGCUUUCUGGCAGCUCCUUGGUUUGUCCGAACCCAGAGGACAGCAGCCAGAACGCUGCUCAUGUAAUUGAUUGUCUGGGUCCGCGCUUCACCUGGCUCAACGCUGUCUUCGAUAAUUUCCCCCUGCUGCUGAGCUUUGUGUCUAAGCUGCGGUGUACAUCAGGGGUUUGUCCCCGGGACCUGGAGGAUUACGGCUGUUCCUGCAAAUAUGUGGCGUCUGGGAACCCUGUGGAUCCUCUGGACACCUGCUGUGCCAUUCACAGACAGUGUUACCAGGAUGCUGCCCCCUGCAGGCAGCAGCUGCCUCCGCCGCCUUAUAACUUCAGCUGCUCUGCAGCAAACAGCAGCUGUGAGUUUGAUGACCUGUGCCAGCAGAGGUUUUGUGAAUGUGACCAAGCUGCCAUCCACUGUGUGACUCAGAGCCCCUUCAACUCAACUCUGAGGGGCCUUGCAGAGUCGUUCUGCUCUGCUGGAGCUGUUACAGAUGUUCUCACAGCAGCUAACGACUCUGCAGCACAUCAGCUCCCUCACUCCUCCCUGCUGUCUGCAGAGGAGCUUGAAGAAGGUGCAGGGGAGGGAAACCAAGAAGAGACGAAACACCACAGCUUGAUCUUUAGAGAUCUGAAUGAGGAAGCAGGCGAGUGGGAGGAUGUAGCUGAGGAUCAGACGACCCAAAGUCCUGCAGAACUCAGCCCUGAUCCAGUUCAGCUUCUCCACAAAGAGCAGACCCGUAACGAGGCGUCCGCCCCACCCAGCUUAUCAGGUUUAUAUUAUGGGACAAAGAUACCUCCUGCUGACAGUGCAUCGUCUGUUCUAACUACAACAGCCCAGAGGACUUCACCACUGGAUAAAGGUUUAGAUAGUUUUGAAUCAACAGCACAGGUCAGCCCUAAGAUGGAGCAGGAGGAGGAAGAAGAAGAAGAAGCAUAUGAAGACAGUG